AUGUGGUCUCUCAUUCUUCUUUUCGCAUCCCUUGUAUUUGCUGCACCAACUAUCAACACGCCUAUCGGCUACUCGCCUGGAGAAUGUCUUGAAAAUGCCAGUAUCAAUGCGCCGUUGGAUUGUAACGGCGCAAACACAUAUAUGGGCGUCAAGAGCUAUACAGUCGACACUCUUGAUAUAGAAAGAUGCGCUGCAGCCUGCACUGCUCAAUCAGCCUAUAACCUCCGCCAUCCACCAGCCACAGGAAAGCCAAAAACGUGCCAGUUCUUUAACACAUAUUUGCUUUAUAAGAAUGGUGUCAAUUACCAACAGCAUUGCGCGCUGUACAGCCAAUCCUGGGACAACUCAUAUGCAACAAAUACCGGAUACCAUUCAGGAACAGACAAAUAUACAAUCGUAUCUUCAUACAGGUUUAGCAAUGCGACAGACGAGGGACUUCCUAUCUGCAGAAUCGUCACCGUUACCCAGACCACUUAUACCACCACCUGCGUUAGGACAUCUUCAUUGAUUUCAGUCUCGAGUUCUGUACAUAGUACUUCCGUUUCUACACCUUCGUAUAGUUCUACACUGGCCACCUCGCUCUCGUCCUCAGUUAACGUACCACGCCCCUCCGUGGGCAGCAAGACCGAAUCGAGCCUCUCAACCGUGACUUCUGAUGCUACGUACACUAGUUCCUCGGAAGCUGUUCCCUCAGUUUCUACAAUUAUCGACCCCACGAUUCCCACCGAGACGACUUCCUCACCAUUGUCCACACUUACGGAAUCGAGCUCCACGGAAUCCUCUUCCUCGGAAUCCACCACCCUUACAGCUUCGAAACCCUCGUCUGUGUCAAUAUCCUCGUCAGAUGUACCAAAAUCGGACUGCACUAUCGCACCCAGCACGACGACAGACUCAAGUACUUCAACAUCGAUUGUAGAAUCAACUACUAGCAGCGAAACUACCCAAUCGACAUCUUUUACCGACUCCUUAUCUUCACAGUCCAGCUCAUCGGAGUCUUCAUCGUUUUCGACAUCGACUGUAACGGAUCCUCCAAUCGGCACGCCCGAGAUAACCAGCACAAGCUCGUCUCUCGACUCUUCAUCAACUUCAGUCAGCUCGACCGAGUUCGAAUCAAGCUCUUCGAGCGUUUCCCCGCCUGAGAUAACCACUGCUAGCUCAUCUAUUAAUCCUUUAUCAACUUCAGUAAGCUCCACAGGGUCCGAGUCAAGCUCAUCGUCUGUAGUAACCGUGACAACAACUUCUACUACCUCAUCAGCCGCCCCAACACCAACCUGGAUCCUGAAUGGUGGUUUCGAAUCCACAGACAACGGCGGAGCCCCAUGGGCUGUUCCCUCCAACAGUACAACCGGUUGUACCUGGGACAUCGUUGAGUCUGCCGACGCAGUCAACGGCACUCAUUUUGCCAUCGUCACCUGCAAUAAUGCCGGUGAAGGCAUAUACGUUAUGCAACCGUUUCAAUCCACCGACAUCGGAGCAACCUAUGUAGUCUCUGUCUGGUUCCGUAAACUCACGCAAACCGCCGACAGUGCUGGAUUCAGUUGCACACUAUCAGUUGUGGGUGGGCCUGGUCUCAUUACUUCAGGCAACCUAACUCCAAAUGCUCCGUGGUCAAAUCAGAUAAAUACUUUCAAAGCAACUGCUGCCGAAACCGGGGUCGCACUCUAUUGCGGCCGUGCCUUGAACGGUGGUGCUCCGAACGGGGUUGCUACCUACACGUAUAUUGACAGUAUCGAGAUUUACCGUAUCCAAGAUCGUGGUCCUAUUGUGAUCAACGGCGGUCUAGAGGACUCCGAAAUCUCAGCGGCGCCCUGGUAUCUAGAUACGAAUCCAGCCCUUACAACUGGUACCAACGGCACUGUAGCCGUCGCCCAAACCGAUUCCACAGACGCCGCAUACAACGGCACAAACUACCUUGCUAUUUCCAUGCCCGCUGGCCCAAUAACCACAACCCUUUAUCUCGAUAUCCCCAUUGCCGUCACCGCUCCUAUUCGCUAUCUCAUAACCUUCUGGAUCCGCUCCCCAACAGCUAGCCUGGUGAAUCUCAGUUGCCGCCAAUAUGUCGCCAACAAUGAUUUCUCGAAAUCAACAUAUCUUGCUUCCCAAGGCUCAGUGAGUGCGACCGCGACCUGGGCCCAGAAGACGCUGAGGUUCCAGGCUCAGGGUUGGGAGACUAGGUUGGUUUGGGUGUGUACUAGGGGGGUACAGAUGCCGGAUGUUGUGGCCAAGUAUUUUAUUGAUGAUCUAUUGAUUAGUGAGUAUGGACCGUAG